UCUUCUCGUGACGCCGCUGCCACCUGCUCUUCUCGCACCAGCAAUCAAACCAGAAAAGCACAAAAUCACAAAAGAAAAAAGAAUGCAGGCUCUGACCCUGAGCAAGAGGCUCUCUACAUCCAAGCCUCUCUUCAGAAUCUCUCCCAACCUCGUCGCUUCAACCACCUCCUCUUCCACCACCUCUCCGCCACCUUCGUCACCGAUCUCCGCCGCAGAUAGCGGCUCCUCCUGCCAUCCCUUGGCUCUCCUCAGCUUACUCCGCGCUCCCAGGUCUGCUACCCAAAGCCUCCGAACUGGUGUCUCUGGAUCUGACGUUAGAGAUACGAAUCUCGCUGGAGGCCAAGUGCGCGCUUAUGAGGUUCUGAAACUUUAUCGCCCCUGUUAUGGAACCGGAAUAGCAACUUUCAAGGUUCAGCCUCACGGUGCUGCUGGUUAUGCCACUGCUACUACUACGGGCGAUAGCAUCCAGAGGAAGGAGCGAGACAGUGGAUUGAGGAAUGUAGGUCCGAAGACAAAGAGAGAGCAGCUGCUAAAAGCCACUGCACUUGUCCCACUUCUUUUGAUAUUCCCGAACGCCUAUUCCAUGCUCGCAGCGAAUCUCUUUGUAUUUUGGCACAUAAGUGCUGGUAUUGAAGAGAUUUUGGCUGAUUAUGUCCACCAUGAGAUGACCCGAAAUUACGUCGUGAUUGCUUUCAAAUUGUUCCUGAUAAUUGCAAUGAAGGAUGUGUUCCUGAAAUUCGUAUUUGUAUAAUCAGAUAGCUCACUAAAAUUGUACUUGCAUUUCUGCAUAAUAAGAGCCCGAGAGGUGUAAACAUGAGAAAACCCUUAUUUCCAGUUUUCAGUUGGUUAUUAGAGGUGAGGCAACAUGAUAAUUUUCUGAUUCAUAAAGUUAAUGAAUGGCUUUUAGUGUGUAUUGCUCAAA